ACAUUCCAUUCCUCACUAAUACAAAAUACAAUUAAAAUGAUAAAGAGACACCUCUCCUUCUUUUUCUUGUUCAUCUUCAUCUUCUCCAUGUCCAUCACCGGAUCAUCGUCGGAGAGUCUGAUCAACUCCACCUGCAAGGCCAUGGCCGCCGCGAACCCGAACGUCAAGUUCGGGUUCUGCGCGACGUCGCUGCAGGCGGCCCCGGCCAGCCGGUGCGCGUCGUCGCGGGGGCUCGGCGUCAUCGCCAUCCGCGGCCUGCGCUACAACGUGACCGACACGCGCUGCUUCGUGAAGCAGCUGCUGAGGAGCCGCGCGUGGGAGCCCUACGUGGCGCAGUGCCUCCGCGACUGCCUCGACCUCUACUCCGACGCCAUCCCCGCCGCCAAGCUGGCCAUGAGGUACUUCUCCCAGCGCCGCUUCGGCGACGCCAACGUCCAGGUCAGCUCCGUCAUGGACGCCGCCACCACCUGCGAGGACGGCUUCGCCGAGAGGAGCGGCGUCGUCUCGCCCCUCACCAAGAGAAACGCCGACGCUUUCCAGAUCGGAGCCAUGGCGCUCUCUAUCAUGGCCGCCGUUAGUAUUCCGGCAUGAUUUUUAUUUAUUUAUUUAUUUCUGUUUUAAUGAUUAUCAAUUGUUAAUUAAUUAUGAUUAACUCUUUAAUAUCAUUAUUAUAUAUGUUAAAUUACUUUGCUGUAAAGAUACGAUUUGUGUACUGAUUUUGCUAAGGUGAUGAGCUAGUUUUGAUAUA